CCGUGCGCCUGCAAAUGGCGCAGAGGCGGCGCGUUGCCGGUGCAUCAUCCACUGCUCGUGCUGUGACUGCCACGCCGGUCCUCCCAGACAUGAUCCGGAGGACCUGCAAGAACGUAUGCGCACCCGCCUUUCUCAGCCGUGUCAGCCUGUCUGCAUUUGCACUGUGGCCAUGCUGCGCCGGCUACUAGCGCUGGUCGCCGCGGCGCACGCGGUGCUCGAGACGCUGCCGCCCAUCGAUCUCAGUGCCGAGCCGCCAUCGGCGCUCGCAGCCGAGUGCCUCUACACGCGGGCGCCGCAAGUGCUCUCGACGUGGAGCACGCCGCAGACGAUGCUCACGGCCAACUGCCCAGCUGCGCUGCUUGAUCUCCCGGCCACUGUCGCCAGUACCAUCCCAGACGCCAGCUCGGGCAACCUCUGGUGUGUGCUCUUGCCCGACGGCGUGACCUACCUCCACGCGCACAACGCUACGACCGGCUCGGAUGCCAUUGGCCUCACGGGCUUGGCGUCGCCCGGGCGCCUCCUACCGCGGCACGAGUCGCCGCCGAUCGCGUACUUGGAGUCGCUGCCAAGCAACUUCUACGAUGUGCGAGUGCAGAGCGUCGGCCUCGAGCGACUCGCCCCGCGCCUCGACCGCAACAACGCGUCUCUCGUAGCCGCCCGUCGAUUGGAUCUGACCAACAAUUCGGUCGUGUCGGUGGCCAACAUCACGUUUCCAUUGAGCCUGCAUACCCUGGUCCUCGACGACAACCGACUGACGACCCUCGAGCGCUUCUCGGCGCCGUCGCUCCGCAGCCUGAGUGUAAGCGGCAACCCGUUCGCGGCGCCGCCGCCGAUCGCGUCCCUCUUCCCCAAUCUCACCGAGGUGUCGCUCGAGCGGCUCAACCUGACCGUGUACCCGAUCAUGGCCGUGCCGUCGACCGUCACGAGGCUGUCGCUUGCACUCAACCAGCUGCGGGACAUGCCAGCGACGCUCCCAGCCUCAGUUCAGCGCCUCGACCUGCAGCACAACCAGAUCACGCGUGUGCAGCUGGCGCUCACGCCCCAAUCGCGGCUGCUCUGCCUCGGCGGCAACCCCAUCACAGCGCUGUACGCGACGCCGGCGCAGUUUGCGCUCCUCGAGAAGCUCUCGCAUCCGCGCAGCGUGGGCCCUGCCAGCGACGAGUGCUCGACGGUCACGCCGUUCGUCUCGGUCAUGACGACGUCCGACGCGUGCACGGGGCGCUUCCGCGUCAAGCGGGCGUGGGGUGAGGUCCCGAUCUGCGUGGUCGACUCGUACGCUGCGAUUUACGUACCACCGCCGCCGCCCAUCGCUCAAGCCACGUGGCUCGCUGUCCUCUCGUCGUUUGGGUUUCUCUUGCUCGUCGUCGGCGGGAGCUUUGUGUGCUUCUACAAGAAGCGCGGCGCGGACGCGGACCAAGGGAAGCUGCGCAUGCUCCUCGACCUCGGCGACGGCGGUCUCCUCCCGCCGAUCGAGACCGUAGUGAACGACGUGCGCAAAGACCCGAUCUACGCGCCGUUCUGGAUCCCACCGGACGAGCUCGCGCCGACGCGGGUGCUCGCGCGCGGCGGCUUUGGCGUCGUCUUUGCCGCGACCUGGCACGCGCACGAGGACGUGGCGAUGAAGCGGUUGUUGUCGACGCGCCUCGAUGACGCAGCGUGUGUGGCCGACUUUAUGGACGAGAUCCGCCUCUGCGCGCGGCUCUUCCACCCGCACAUUGUGCGCUUCAUCGGGUUCACGUCGACGACGCUCGCCAACCUCUCGAUCGUCACCGAGUACAUGGAGCGGGGCGACCUCUGGCACUUUUUGCUCGAGAACGACGUGCCGUGGACCAGCACCGAGAAGCCGCUCAAGCGCCGCCACCCGAGUGCGCUCAGCAGCUCUCGGAGCACGCUCGCCUCGGACGACGGCUCUCUCCACGACGAGGCGGAUGCGACCAAGUUCUCGUUUCUCUGCGACAUUGUCUCGGGGCUGCACUACCUCCAUACGCUCGACCCGCCCGUGCUGCACCGCGAUGUGAAGGCCCGGAACGUGCUCUUGAACGACGCCUAUGUCGCCAAGCUCACCGACUUUGGCGUCGCGCGCGAGGCGGGCGACUACACCAUGACGGCGGACGUCGGCACGGUGGCGUGGAUCGCGCCCGAGGUGCUCAAAGGCUGCUUUUACGACGCCAAGGCCGACGUCUACUCGCUCGGCGUGCUCCUGGCCGAGAUGGACACGCGCGAGCCGCCGUACGCCCACCUCGACGGCGACCUCUCGACGCUGCGGACGCGCAUCGCGCUCCUCGUCGCGGCCAACGAGCUGCAGCCGACCUUCUCCCACCGCAUGCCCCUCGGCCUCCUCGACCUGGCGCAGCGCUGCCUCACGCACGACCCGCGUCACCGCCCGUCGAUCCAAGACGUCGACGCGUCGCUCCGCAUGCUCCUCCUCUAGUUUGUUUGUACUAUUUAAUCUCUCUGGUUCGUGCCCAAUAUUGUCUGUCACUCGACCGGGUGUCGACAGCACGAGUCUUCAGCGUCA